AUGUCUAUCCCCCCCCGUCAGCUCUACUACGAAGGCAAGGUCCAGCCCGCCUCCUCUGGCAAGACCUUCCAGUCCAUCGACCCAGCCACUGCCCGCCCGCUGACCGACGUCCAUCUCGCCUCGCCCGCCGACGUCGACGCGGCCAUCGCCUCGGCAGAGCGAGCGUUUGCUUCCUGGUCGCAGACCCCUGCCAUUGUUCGUGCCCGCAUCCUGCACAAGGCCGCCCGCCUGCUCCGAGACCGCAACGACGAGAUUGCCCGCGUCGAGACCCUCGACUCCGGCAAGGCCUUCUCCGAGACCAGCGUCGUCGACGUCGUCACCGGCGCCGACGUCCUGGAAUACUAUGCCAACCUGGUCGGUGGGGGGGGGCUCAAUGGCGAGACGGUCCAGUUGAGAGACGACGCCUGGGUGUACACCACCAAGGCGCCUUUGGGCGUAUGUGUUGGUAUUGGGGCUUGGAACUAUCCUAUCCAGAUAGCCCUCUGGAAAUCCGCCCCCUGUCUCGCCGCCGGAAACACAAUGGUCUACAAGGCCAGCGAGUUCACCCCCCUGCACGCCCAGACGUUGGCAGAGAUCUACACCGAGGCAGGCCUCCCUGCGGGCGUGUUCAACGUGGUCAACGGCGCCGGAGACGUCGGGGCAUACCUCACCACCCACCCGGGCGUCGCCAAGGUCUCCUUCACGGGCCAGGUCUCCACGGGACAGAAGGUCGCCGGCGCCGCCGCAGGACAGAUGAAGUACGUGACGAUGGAGCUGGGCGGGAAGAGCCCGUUGAUCGUCUGCCCCGACGCGGACCUCGACACCGCCGUCGACGGCGCCAUGAUGGCCAACUUCUACAGCACAGGCCAGGUGUGCACGAACGGCACGCGCGUGUUCGUGCCCACGGCCCUGAAACAGGCCUUUGAGGACCGGCUCCUCGCCAAAAUGCAGUUUGUCCGCCCCGGGCCCGUGUUUGACCCGGCCACCAACUUCGGCCCGCUCUCCUCAUCCAUCCACCAAAGAAAGGUCCUCGAGUACAUCCGCCACGGCAUCGAGCUCGACAAGGCUACCUUGCUCUACGGCGGCCCAGGUCUGCCAAAGGACUUACCCGCCCAUCUCCACGCCGGGUUCUGGGUCCAACCCACCGUUUUCACAGACUGCACAGACGCCAUGCGUAUCGUCCAGGAGGAAAUCUUCGGCCCCGUCAUGUCCAUCCUUACCUACGACACCCUCGACGAGGCCGUCGCCCGCGCCAACGCCACCCCGCUCGGCCUCGCCGCAGGGGUCUUCACUUCAGACCUCAACAGUGCGCACCGCAUCAUCGCCAAGCUCGACGCGGGAAUCACCUGGGUCAAUUCUUGGGGGGAGUCGCCGGCUGAGAUGGCCGUCGGCGGGUGGAAAAAGAGCGGUCUCGGGGUGGAGAAUGGUCGCCGUGGUAUCGAAGCCUGGGUCCGUAAUAAAAGUACCUUGGUUGAUAUGAGUGGGGGGGUUGCCACGGUUUUUGCAAAAUUAUAA